AGGCCUGCUCCAGCCAGAGCCCAGGCGGCAGCGACGCUGGGGGUCACCCGGCAUGAGGGCGCUGCUGCGGCGGCGAGAUGGCUCCAAGUCUGUGGGAAACACGGACUUCUCGGGGCGAAUAACGCUCCGGUCUAAUUUCCUUUCCCAGGUGAUCCGGGUUCGGUCUUGCUUCGCCUGCUGGGAACCGGUGGGAGUCGCGCUGCCCGCCCUCCCCCUCGCAGCGGCGCUUCGGGUCCUGGGAGAGCCCCCAACGCUCGGCGCCAGUCUCUUGGCUCGGAUCCCUGGCACCAGCAUGGACAGCGUUGCACCCACGACUCCCUCUGCUGUCGAAAUCCGAGCAAGAGGCAUCUGAGAGCCCGGCCGGGAAGGGGGUGCCUGGGACCCGCGCCGGCCCCCAUCCCAGCGCCCAGGGGAAAUUAGUGUUUCGCUCCACCCCUUCACCCCGCACCCCAGUCGCUCUUACCGAAUUACCUCCCAAGUCUCCAGCCACCUCCAGGCGCAGAAACCUGCAGCCACAAGCUCGGUGCCUGGAGAGGUGGGCCGCGGUACGACCCCCCAAGCGCCAACUACGUUUUCUCCCUUCGCGACGCAAAGCCUCGAGGGCCUUCGUGGACACAAUUCUGAUCAGUUUUCUAACAGUUUCAACCUUGUGCAUUUCAGUUGCCCGCCUCACUCCACGCGCGUCUGCGCCGGUUGCCGAAUGUGGGUGCCGGAGCUUUCCGUGGCCGCCCGGGGACACUCACACAGCCCUUCGCGGUGCGGGGACCAGCGGCUGUGAGAGCAGGUGCGGCCGGCGGAGGUGGGGUCUGGGCGCCGCGGGAGCGCGAGGCCGGUGAGGCCUGGGGCAGCUAGGCGAAGUGGGAGGGAAGCCGCGGAAACCCGGCGGAGGACCGGUGGGCAGCGCGUCGUUCCGGCGUUAAAGGGCGGGGACUGCCGAGUCUACCGUGGACUUUAUCAGCCCCAGGUCGACCCUUGAGAAAUCGGCCUCUUCCCGCCGCCCUCAGGAGCCCGGCCGCCGGCUCUCGCCUGCACGGCCCCGGGAAGGGCCCGCUCCCGGCGCGCUGGGCUGUCUCACCAGACUCGCGACGCCGACACUCAGGCGACCGGGGUCCGGCCGGAUCCCCUCGGCGCCUCGGCCAGUGUUUCCAGGCAAUUCAGCGGCGUUUUCACAAGCAUUAGGAAACUCGUUCAUGGCCACUGAAAAGUGAGGGGCGGCUCAAAUCCGAUUUCCCACGGAUUCCUACCUCCAACGUCAGAUAAUGUCCGGAAAAGGUGCCACCAAAUAAGCAUGAGAGUAUUAUUUUGGAGAAACAAUUAACCCCUACCCAAAUAUAAAGCGCCCGAGGAAGGUGAGACCGGAAGACAAGCAAGCCCCGUGCAUUCGCUGGUGCGGAAAGUGCGGCGCGGGGCCGGGCCUCGGGUUCGGGCCCCGCACUUCAGCACCGGAGGGGAUGGACAGCGUCUCCGGGCUGGGCUGCUGCCCCCGGGUCCGAACUGCGGCGCCGCGGUCCUCGCUGCCACCGUCACCAAGGGUAGCCCGGCUCCGGGCUCCUCGCAGCUAAGAGGCGGCCUUUCCUGAUGCCCCCGCGCCCCGCUCGGCUUCGUGACCCACGGAAAGUAACCCUCUUUUACUUGCUAUAGCCCCGCGCGGGGCUCUGAGAAGCUCUCCGGUUCCACAGAUUAAACUCAGCUGCAACUUCAAGAAUCAUUUUCCGCGGGGGCAAGAGGAAUACCAGGAGGAGAGUGAGGCCGAAGUUCUCAGAGGCUCCAGAAACCAUGAGCUCUGCAGUCGGGGUCCGAGUGCUCAAAGGCCCCUGCUUCCCCGAAUAAACAGAAUGCUCCCGGGAGGAUUGCACCUGUUUUGGAAAUAGCUUUGUGAGAGGUUCCAGAUCUACUCAGAACCUGACGUUAGAGACACUGGAGGAAUUCUGAGCCCUUUACUUGACAGACUACUCUCCAGAAUGUUGAGAUUGCCAGAGAAGUGACCUCUGCAAAAGGAGAAUAUUGCUCUCCCUGAAUUCAAACGACGUCCUUUGCGGUGUCCUGGCACAUGGAUUUCAGGACUGCCUGUGAGGAGACGAAGACGGGGAUUUGCUUGCUGCAGGAUGGCGCCCAGGAGCCCUUCAAAGUGCGGCUGCACCUGGCCAAGGACCUCCUGAUGAUCCAGGAACAGGAUGUGAUUUGCGUGUCUGGUGAGCCUUUCUAUUCUGGUGAAAGAACGGUGACCAUUAGGAGACAAGCUGUAGGAGGAUUCGGAUUAAGCAUAAAGGGGGGAGCAGAACAUAACAUUCCAGUUGUCAUUUCAAAAAUCUCCAAGGAGCAACGAGCGGAGCUGUCAGGACUGCUUUUUAUUGGGGAUGCCAUUCUACAGAUCAAUGGGAUUAAUGUGAGAAAAUGCAGACAUGAAGAAGUGGUUCAAGUUCUUCGGAAUGCUGGUGAAGAAGUGACCCUAACGGUCUCAUUUUUGAAAAGAGCACCUGCUUUCCUCAAACUGCCACUGAAUGAAGAUUGCGCAUGUGCCCCGAGCGACCAGAGCAGCGGCACGUCCUCCCCUCUGUGCGACAGCGGCUUACACCUCAACUUCCACCCCAACAACACAGACACGCUGUCCUGCUCAUCCUGGCCUGCGUCCCCGGGCCUGAGGUGGGAGAAGCGGUGGUGCGACCUCCGGCUGAUCCCCCUGCUCCACUCCCGGUUCUCCCAGUAUGUGCCCGGCACAGAUCUGAGUCGGCAGAACGCUUUCCAAGUGACGGCGGUGGACGGGGUGUGCAGUGGGAUCAUCCAGUGCCUCUCUGCUGAAGACUCCCUGGACUGGCUGCAAGCAAUAGCAACCAAUAUCUCCAACCUCACAAAGCACAACAUUAAAAAAAUCAACAGAAACUUUCCUGUAAACCAGCAGAUCGUCUACAUGGGCUGGUGUGAAGCCCGCGAGCAAGACGCCCUCCAGGACCGUGUGUACCUGCCCACAUUUCUUGCCCUGAGGGGCUCGUGUCUUUACAAGUUUCUGGCACCACCAGUGACCACAUGGGACUGGACCCGAGCUGAGAAAACAUUUUCCGUUUAUGAGAUUAUGUGCAAGAUUCUCAAGGACAGUGACCUGCUGGACCGGCGGAAACACUGCUUCACGGUGCAGUCGGAGUUGGGGGAGGACCUCUACUUCUCCGUGGAGCUGGACUCCGACCUCGCCCAGUGGGAGCGAGCCUUCCAGACAGCAACUUUCCUGGAAGUGGAACGGAUACAGUGCAAGACAUACGCGUGUGUGCUGGAAAGUCACCUGAUGGGACUCACCAUCGACUUCAGCACCGGCUUCAUCUGCUUUGACGCUGCGACCAAGGCUGUACUUUGGAGGUAUAAGUUUUCUCAGCUUAAAGGUUCUUCUGAUGACGGCAAGAGCAAAAUCAAAUUUUUGUUUCAGAAUCCAGAUACUAAACAGAUUGAAGCAAAGGAGCUGGAAUUUUCCAAUCUAUUCGCUGUUCUUCACUGCAUUCAUUCAUUCUUUGCUGCCAAAGUAGCCUGUUUGGACCCUCUCUUUUUAGGCAGUCAGGCUGCUGCUUCUGCUGCUUCCAGCUCCAGUAUGUCGAGCAAAGCCAAGUCCCUGACUUGACAGUUGGCGCCAUGCUCCCUGUGACUUGUAAACAGAACGCUCAUGCUCAUCGCUUCAGACACUGGAAAAGCAAUCCCAUCACCAAGUCAGCAGUGAAGUCAGGUUGACAUUUCAGCAGGAAGAGGUUCAUAGGGUCUCAAAAGCAUUUCUGUUUGGAAGCCUCUGUGACGCACCCUCAAGGAACAGACUAGCUUGCUCUCCCUCAGCGGAUGGGUACCAGGACAGCACUCUCAUCAAAAGUGAAGACGAAAGAAUGAAUGACUUGAGUAUGUAAAUAAUAUAAAAUUGUAAGCUACCUAUAAAUAAAAACACCCAUUAAAUGGUUCUGUAUUUUAGAUUAUUUUGUAUGACAAGUACGUGUUUGGUCUGAUCAUGGACUCAGGCCCGGUCGUAUCAGGAGUGACCUAAAGCAGGCUGAUACCAUAGGCCCGGGAGACCACCGUGCAAAAGCCCUCAUCGAAGAAGAAAGCACUUUAACUCGCUGCUGUAGACCUGGAGUCCUCAGCCCGUGCCGGGCCUGGCACUUCAAGUUUGCAGGUCUUACUGGCAGGUGUUGCUGAGAGUUGCAAAGGGAUAAUCACCUUUUACCUAUGACAGACACGCUGUGCAAUGGACUGUUUCUUCCUUGGGUCACUGACACGGUAUGUUGUAUUUGCUCCCAGGGUCCUUCAAAGAUGCCAAAAUGUGUCCAUUGGAUGAUGAAGGAAGGAAACAUCCACAAGCCUCUUGUUCUGUCCUUUGUUUAAAGAGAUUUGUGUUUUACCUGGGAUAUAUUAUCAAAUCAAAACUUUGAAACCUUUUGUUGACCCCAGAAACUUUUGUAGAGAAAACAUGAUCACCAAAUGUGAUGUAAGAAACACUUGUUUGCAAUCCCAACCCUCCCUGUUAACCCUGGACCGGAAUGUCCCCAGGCAGCAAAAGCUUUUCCUUACAUUGGGUGGAUAUCGUUUCUCCACUUCACUUGGAUUUUAUGAGAUGAAGGUGAGAUAUGAAAAUAAAAUUUCAAAUUUCCAUCUUCCCAUGUCAUAAAGAGUUGUUUUAGGCAUCUUCUCUUAGGAAUGUAAGUGUGAAGGAGUUGGAAAUUUGAAAGCACUGACGUUUGACUCAGAUCCCAGGUGACUCAGAGCUCUUUGUAUGACAUUCUCUGUUCUUCAACCCAGCUGUACUGAGAUCUGCUUUUAAAUAACCAGCUGCCUAGUUAGAAAAAAAAUUACUUUUUCAUUAACACAUCUGUUCCCAAAUAAAUCAAACGUUGGACAUUUCUUUAUGAAGAUGACCAAGUAUCUAAUAAGAUGGUUUGAUUUUUCUUCCUGAAUAGAAGGGGAAAGUGGCACUCGAGAAGGAAACAAAAUUAUUCGUAAAAGGACACAUGAACAUUAUAAUGAAAAAAUGAACAGCAAACUAUCCCCAUAGUCACUAUAAAUUAUUAAUCCACUUUGCAUCUGAUUAGAACCUCAGCGCGCUCAGUUGAAAAGGGAAAGUGAGGGUUCAUAAUUGUACCCGGGCAAGUUUUAAGUUCAGCCUAGGGCAUCUUAUAAAACGAACCGUGGCAAACAGGACAAAAUGUAGUUUUAAUAUAAUUUAUUUGGACUAUCAAACUAAAUACAUGCCUAUAAUUGGGAUAACACUACCAAAUUAUUGCUCACCUGUUUUUGAGCAAACACAAUGCUCUUUUAAAACCAGAAGCCCACCACAGCCAGGUUUCAGGAGGCACCUGGUGAGCUCAGGAGGAAGGAGCAGAGAGGGAGGCAUCUGCCUGGGGCCUGAAGCCUGGCAUCCCAUUUGCCACAGAGUCUCUGUCCCCAGGUCGAGCUGUGUCUCCGUGCACCCCCAGGGGAAACAUCCCCAUGACCCUGGUGUGGUCAUCAUUCUACAGGCAAUAUGCAAUGGGCUAGUUUGCCUAAAGAAAAAAAAAGUUUCAAAACUUUUUAGAAG